UUGUAUCCAUACGAAAGUCUGUUCAUUUCAUCAUCAAUCAUUCAAUCUUUUUUACCUUCUUCCGCCUGAUUUCUAAUUCCUCAUCCUUCCACGUCAUCCCCAAAAACCCUAAAACUAGAAAACGUCCCCAACCACAUAUUCGUGGCUGGCGGGGCGUGCUCUCCUCUCCUCUCCUCUCCUCAGAAAAGAAAGUGUCGCCGGCGCGCACACUCUCACACUGCCUGCACCACUACAGUUUCUUCUAGAUUCUCUCUGGGCUUCUCCUGUCGUGUCGUCUUGUCUCUCUCUCUCUCUCUAAUGGCCGCCGCCGCCGCCGAAAAUGACGAAAAGACCCUCCAAGAGGAGCUGUCCCUCCCCAUCCUCCUCGCGGAUCGGGUCCUCAAGUCGGCCCACGAGGCCGAGUCCUUCAAGCCCGAGUGCGCCGACCUGGCCCACCAAGUCGACCGCCUCUCCCAGAUGCUCCGAUCCGCCGUCCGGAUCGCCGCCGCCUCCGCCUCCCUCUACGAGCGCCCCGUCCGACGCAUCGCCGCCGACGUGGCGAAGAACCUGGACCGCGCCCUCACCCUCGUCCGCAAGUGCAAGCACAGCGGCGUCCUCCGCCAGGUCUUCUCCAUCACCUCCACCGCCGACUUCCGCAAGGUGUCCAACCUCCUCGAGUCCUCGAUCGGCGACAUGAAGUGGCUCCUCUCGGUCUUCGAGUCCGACGGCGCCAACCUCUCGCUGCCGCCCAUCGCCAGCAACGACCCGAUUCUGAGCUGGGUCUGGUCGUACAUCGCCACCAUUCAGAUGGGCCAGCUCCGGGACCGAGUGGAGGCGGCGAGUUCGCUGGUCUCGCUGGCGAGGGACAACGACCGGAACAAGAAGAUAAUAGUGGACGAGGGAGGAGUGACGCCGCUGCUCAAGCUUUUGAAAGAGGGGUCUUCGGCGGAGGCACAGAUUGCUGCGGCGAAUGCUCUGUUUCACAUCGCUACGGACCAGGAGAGGGUUCGGACUGUAAUCGAGUUGAAUGGGAUUCCGAUGAUAGUUUCGGUCUUGGGGGAUUCGCCGAUGAGGGUUCAGGCGGCGGUGGUGAGAUUGGUGGCGGAAAUGGCGGAGCUUGACCCGAUUGCGCAGGAGGACUUUGCUAGAGAAAAUGUGACUAGGCCGUUGGUGUCUCUGUUGGCUAUGGAUACGGUUUUGGAUGAGCCGAAACCGCAGUCGGGUAAGCCCAGCAUUCAUUCGCUUGUGAUUAAUAAGGAGUUGGUAGGAAAGGGGGCGAAUUCGAGUAGUAGGUUGGGGUCGUUUAGUUCGAAUCAUUAUCAUUCUGAUGGGAGUAGUAGAGGUGGGCAUUAUAGGAAAGAUAGGGAGAGAGAGGUUGAGAGCCCUGAGGUGAAGCUCAAGCUCAAGGUCGGUUGUGCUGAGGCAUUGUGGAAGUUGUGUAGAGAUUGUUUGUUGAAUAGUCGAAAAGUUACAGAGACUAAAGGGUUGAUUUGUUUGGCGAAGAUUGUUGAGAAGGAAGUUGGGGAAUUGCAGCUUAAUUGCUUGAUGACUGUGAUGGAAAUAGCUGCAGUGGCAGAGUCAAAUCCAGAGCUUAGACGAUCGGCUUUUAAGCCCAACUCUCCGGCUGCAAAGGCAGUUGUCGAUCAGCUUAUGAGGGUUAUUCAAGAAGAGAGUAACCCGGAUCUGCAAAUACCGGCAAUCAAGGCAAUUGGGUCACUCGCAAGAACUUUUGCCGCCAGGGAAACCCGGAUAGUUGGUCCUUUGGUUGCGCGGCUGGGUAAUGAGAAUGUGGAUGUGGCAACUGAGGCUGCCAUUGCAUUGGAAAAGUUUGUGUGUUUGGAGAACUUCAACCGAGUAGAGCAUUCCAAGACGAUAAUUGAGUUUGAUGGGGUUCCUUCUCUGAUGAGAUUGUUGAAGGCUACUGAUCGGACCAACGAACUUGCUCACAUGCACUGCCUAGAACUAUUAUGUUACCUCGCAUUGCACGUAGGCAAUAGCAAAGCUCUUGAACAAGCACAGGUGUUGAGUACUCUCGAGGGGGGAGCUCGUUCUGCUGUGGCACAAAAUCCAGAUUUGAAGGAGUUGUUUUUCAAAGCCAUACACCAUCUCAGUCUUUAUCAGCCUGGAGCUCAUCCCCACAGGCAAACCUACAUGCCAUGAUGCCGGAGUUUUAGCCAUGUGAGUUGAUCAUGUAUUUGUAACAUAGAUAGAAACAAAUUGAUUCCUUGUGGACAAAGCAAAGCCGAAAAGAUUGGCUCUGAUGUAAGAAAUUGUUGUAUGUAAUAUAUAGAUUGAUCUUGGAAGACCUGUUUCAGCUGUUGUCUUCAACUAGAUGAGUGUAUGUUUAGACAUGUAUCUGCAGUCUGUUGCACAUAAUUUGAAGGAACACUCUUCUUUUAGUAAAGCAUCAAAUUUUGUAGAUUUUUCUCAAUAAAUCCCAAUAAGUGUUCUUCUA